GUGCUUCGACAUGAACAACUCACUCGAUAUUCAACUGAAAGAGAGGAUUGGAAGUGGUAGCUAUGGUGUUGUAUAUGAAGGAAUUUGGAUAACAAAUACUCGUAAAUGUGUAAAGGUUGCUGUGAAAUGUUUGGAAAAAGGCAAUAAUAAAGACUCGGAAACAAAUAUUCUUCGAGAAAUCCGCAAUUUACAAGAGCUCAAGCAUGAAAAUAUUGUCACAUUCCAUGGCGCCUAUCGCCAAAAAAACAUAUGCCUCAUUUUCGAGUACUCAGAAUGUGGAUCACUCUAUGAUUAUUUGCAUCAAGAGACCGAAAGAGUUUCAAACUUCGAAAAACUUCCCUGGAUGUUGCAAUGUGCCAAUGGCAUGGAAUAUUUGCACAGCAAAAAAACAUUUCAUCGCGAUCUUAAAACACAAAACCUGUUACUUUUCAAUGAUUAUCGCACAUUGAAAAUAUGCGAUUUUGGUACUGUAAAACAAUAUGCAACAGAAAAUACGGAACUUAUUGGGACAAUUAGUUAUAUGGCUCCAGAAGUUUGUACUGCUGAUGGUAAAUAUACGGAAAAGUGUGAUGUGUUUAGCUAUGGGAUCACUUUCUGGGAAGUUUUCGCUCAAAAAAAGCCAUUUGAUGAAUUAAAAAAACAAAAUAUGCACCCUGUGGCCAUCCAAAAUAAAAUUAAUAACGGUGCUCGUCCAAAUAUAAAUGACAUGCAAAUUUGGCAAUAUUCUAAUCGUAUAAAGACUAUAAUUGAAAAGUGUUGGGAUCGAGAUCCAAAUAAUCGACCGACUAUGAAACGUCUUGUCGCUUUUCUAGGAAUUGAUUUAAGGCUUUACACACCAAUAAACUUCAAAGAUAUAUAUAUUCCACAAUGUCUUAUGGAUGGCAGAUAUGGUCUCGGCUGUAACGCACAUUGCGUGCUUAGACCUACAUGCUACGAAGUAGAUGCGAUACUUUGUAAACCAGACAAACCAGUGGAAAUGGAUUUCCUGAAAGAAGUCAAUAAACUUAAUGAAUUAAUACAUCCAAAUAUUGUGAAGUUAUAUGGAGUUUCUAGGCAAUUUGAAAAUAGGUUUUUCUUGCUUUUUGAGUAUUCAACUAUAUCGAUUCACAACUUAUUUCACGUUCAAAAAUGUUUCAAUAGAGACUCCUAUCCUAAGGUAGAAUGGAUCUACCAGUGUCUCCAGGGUUUGGACUAUUUGCAUAGCAAAGAUAUAGUCCACGGUGAUCUAAAAACUGAAAACCUGUUACUUUUCGACAACUGUUGGAAUGCAAAAAUAUUCUUUACUGGAAAAGUGGAAAAAAUUCUUUUUUUAUGAAAUAACUUACGAGAAAGAGUUAGUUUAUGUGGCUCCAGAAGUUCAUAGCGGAGAAAGGGAGUUCUUAAAAGAGUCUGACAUUUACAGCUUUGGCAUAAUUAUGUGGGAAAUAGUGACUGCAAAGAAUCCAGUUUUCGAAUUGAAAUUUAAACAACCUUCGACUAUUGAGGAAAUUAUUAAUGGUAAGGAGAAUUGUAUCGAAAUCCAUAGCUAAUCUUUUUAUUUCAGAUACUAUACAGACUGGAAGCUCAGAUAUCCGUAAAACAAGAAACGCUAUUGAAAAAUGCCUGAAAGCUGCAGAAUACCGACCAGAUACUAAGGAACUGAUUAAAAUGUUAAUUUCUUAACUAAAUGUACCAGGCAAUCUGAGUGAAAAAUUACAAGAGUUUUUGCAAUUAUUAAUAUUCCGCUUUAUUCGCGAACAAAGACUGGACCUAAUUGUUGUUGUGACAAUACGAAAAGCAACAAAAACGAAAACGGAGUAAAUGACGCGCUGAUAAGUGUUCGAUUUCAACUGUGUUUAUGAUUCUAUGCUAAGUUACAUUAAGCCCAACUUAACUAGAGUGGCGAAGCGAGGCGAAUUCGCUCAGAGAGCAAAACGAAAGCUUUAUUGCGCUCUCGCUUCGCCCUAAUUCUAAUAACUUCAUUUGACAACUUCAUUAUCUUAACUAAUGUACAUCAAAUGCGCCAACACUGUGUUUGAAUAAAUCAAAAUAUUGUGUUAUUUUUCUCAAAAUAUACCAAAAAUAUUACAAAAAUACU